AAAGACUGGAAAGCAGGCGGAUCGCUCCAGUUUCUCCCAAAUCUGCGCUUCCAGUCGGGCACCAAGUUUGCGCCUGUCCUUCGGACCCGGAGCUCCAGCAGUUCCGGCUGCGCUUCACUUCCUGACUUACAAAUUCAAGAGAACAAGUUCUGCAAGGCUGAAAUCAUCGAUGGCGGGCAGCCCAGCUGUGGUGAUGCGCCUGCUGGCCUCAGCCUUCGCCGUGGCGGAAAAGGCCGGCUGCCUGGUGAGGAAGGUGAUGCACAGUGGCAACCUCGGCAUCGUGGAGAAGACAGGAGCCAACGACCUGCAGACUGUGGCCGACCGGCUCGCCCAGAAAAGCAUCUGCGCCUCCCUGUCCCGCCAGUUCCCCAAGGUCACCAUCAUCGGAGAGGAGGAUUUGCCACCCGAAACUGUGGAAGAGGACCUGAUUGAGAACGGGCAGCAUGAGGAGAUUUUGCAGAAGCCGUGCCCUGCAGAGUACAGCAGUGUUCGAGAGGAAGAGCUUGUAGUGUGGGUCGAUCCACUGGAUGGCACUAAAGAGUACACCGAAGGGCUCCUGGAUCAUGUGACCGUACUGAUUGGCAUCGCAUACAAUGGGAAAGCCAUCGCCGGUGUCAUAAACCAGCCCUUCUUCAACUACCAGUUGGGGGCGGAUGCCACCCUGGGGAGGACACUGUGGGGCAUGCUGGGAUUGGGUGCGUUUGGGUUCCAGCUGCAGGAGGUCCCAGGGGGACACUGCAUUGUCACGACUACCCGUUCCCAUAGCAACAAAGUGGUGACAGACUGUGUACAGGCCAUGGAGCCUGAUGAUGUCAUCAGGGUGGGCGGGGCUGGAAAUAAGAUAAUCCAGCUGGUGGAGGGGAAGGCCUCGGCCUACGUCUUUGCCAGUCCUGGCUGUAAAAAGUGGGACACCUGCGCUCCUGAGGCCAUUCUGCACGCCGUUGGGGGCAAGCUGACGGAUAUCCAUGGCAACGCGUAUCGCUACGACGCGGACGUGAAGCACAUGAAUUCGGCGGGGGUGCUGGCGACGCUGCGAGACCAUCAGCGCUACCUCAGCAGAGUGCCAGCGUCGGUCCGCCAGGCCCUGCCGUCGGCCUGACACGCUGCCCCGGGGGAUUGUGGGUAGCACAAGGCUCCCGCACUCGCCGCUGUGGGGAGGGGCCAGACACACUAAACCCCGCCGUCUCUGCUGGAAAUGCACAGUGACGUUUUUCACCGUUAAC